AAGUCAGCCGAGUUGAAAGCGCAUGACAGCACCGGAGACCCGGGUCCGGUUAACUCUUAUAGCUAGCUGCUAACAAACAAAGCUGCCGCUACAUCUUUUGCCACAGGGGUUGUCUGUAUUGGGCAAGUCACGUUUUACGACCCCAAAAACAUUUUACUGUGGCAUUAUGUCUGACAAAAGUGAGCUGAAAGCAGAGCUUGAAAGGAAGAAGCAGCGCUUGGCACAAAUCAGAGAGGAGAAGAAAAGAAAGGAGGAGGAACGCAAGAAGAAAGAGGCGGACCAGCUGAAAGAUGCUACACUUCAUCAGGAUGAUUCUGACCUGGAGAAAAAAAGACGUGAGGCUGAGGCUCUUCUGCAGAGUAUGGGCAUAACUUCAGAAGCUCCUGUUGUCCCUCCUCCCAUGUCUCCAACUACCAAAUCUGCGGGCACACCAAGCGAGGCAGGAAGCCAAGACUCUGAUGGAGCUGUGGGACCCAGGACUCUGCACUGGGACUCUGACCCGUCCACUCUUCAACUUCACUCUGAUUCUGAGCUGGGGCGUCAAACUCCAAAGCUGGGAAUGGCCAAAAUCACACAGGUGGACUUCCCUCCUCGUGAGACUGUGUCCUACACAAAAGAGACGCAGACACCUAUCAUGACCCAGCAGAAAGAAGAGGAAGAAGAAGAGGAAGAAAUUGCUCCACCUCAACCAGUAGGCGAGACUCAGACUGAGAAACCAGACCAGAAGGAGGAGGAGGAAGCACCCCCACACGAGCUGACGGAGGAAGAAAAACUCCAGAUCCUGCACUCCGAGGACUUUGCAAACUUCUUUGACCACAGCACUCGCAUUGUUGAGCGGGCUCUGUCAGAGCAUGUUGACCUCUUCUUUGACUACAGUGGUCGUGACCUGGAGGAGAAGGAGGGUGAAAUCCAGGCCGGAGCAAAACUCUCUCUCAAUAGACAGUUCAUGGACGAGCGCUGGUCUAAGCAUCGCGUCGUCACCUGUCUGGACUGGUCCCCCCAGUAUCCUGAACUCCUGGUUGCCUCAUACAACAACAACGAGGACGCUCCUCACGAGCCGGACGGGGUGGCCUUAGUGUGGAACAUGAAGUACAAGAAGGCUACACCGGAGUACGUCUUCCACUGUCAGUCUGCUGUCAUGUCAGCCGCAUUUGCCAAGUUCCACCCUAACAUUGUGGUAGGGGGCACAUACUCAGGACAGAUUGUACUGUGGGACAACAGGAGCAACAAGAGGACCCCGGUGCAGAGGACUCCCCUGUCGGCAGCAGCACAUACGCACCCAGUUUACUGUGUGAAUGUGGUUGGCACCCAAAACGCGAAUAACCUGAUUAGCAUCUCCACUGAUGGCAAGAUGUGCUCCUGGAGUCUGGACAUGCUCUCUCAGCCUCAGGACAGCAUGGAGCUGGUGUUCAAGCAGUCCAAAGCUGUAGCUGUCACCUCCAUGUCUUUCCCUCUCGGAGAUGUCAACAAUUUUGUGGUGGGCAGCGAGGACGGCUCCGUCUACAUGUCGUGUCGUCAUGGAAGCAAAGCGGGCAUCAGUGAGAUGUUUGAGGGCCAUCAUGGGCCCAUCACAGGGAUCAACUGUCACACAGCUCCAGGACCCCUGGACUUCUCCCACCUGUUUGUUACCUCCUCAUUCGACUGGACCGUCAAGCUGUGGAGCACCAAGAACAACAAGCCGCUGUACUCAUUUGAAGAUAACUCGGAUUAUGUGUACGAUGUCAUGUGGUCUCCGACUCACCCUGCUCUCUUUGCUUGUGUGGACGGGGUGGGCCAUCUCGACCUGUGGAACCUCAACAAUGACACAGAGGUUCCUACCGCCAGCAUCACAGUAGAGGGCAACCCAGCCCUCAACAGGGUCAGAUGGGCUCAUUCUGGCAGAGAAAUCGCAGUGGGAGACUCUGAUGGACGGGUUUUUGUGUAUGACGUUGGAGAGCAAAUUGCGGUUCCACGUAACGACGAGUGGACCCGUUUUGUUCGCACGCUGGCAGAGAUCAACGAGAACAGGGACGAUGCAGAGGAGCUGGCAGCUCAGCGCCUGGCUGCCUGAUCUACUCGCCGCAGAUGCAAUGUUCAAGGGACCAGUGGCGCGCUUGUUAAUACCAGCCCCCGUUUAGAUGGAAGGAGAAGAUGCGAUGACAACAUGAAUGGAGAUCAAGGUGAAGUUUUGAUCUGAAAGAAGUACGGACAUCUUUUGAUUUUUCUUCUUAUUUGGACAAAUCUGCCUUCUCAGUCAGCUGGAUCGUCACCAGUCUUCCUUGGAAUAACAUGAGCGACAGGUCUUAUCAACCUCAGACACUAACAUUAAGCCAUAUUCACAAACACAAACCAGUCGUCCUUUCUUCAACCAGAUGCCUUAAAUUUUCAUUUUAAUCUUGAUUGUAAAAAUCCUACCUGUCUUCAGUUAUGGGAUGUAAACACAAGCCUUAAUUUUGAGUUUUUCCAACCUUAAAUCCACUCCACAUAUUCAUUAAAAACACUUAUACCUAUCUUCUGGUUCCACCAAAGAUGUUGUAAAGCAAUCACAUCUUUAAGCAUCCAGGAAUGUAAAGUAGUUUGAACUGUAGCCCAUGUUGUCAUGUUCCUUUUAGACUUGUUAGCCUAAAUAUUCACUUGUUUGUAAAAUACUGAAAAGUCCAAAACCCAGAUGUCUUUCUACUUCUAUAUUCUGUACUGCACUUAAAACAGUGCAGCUGUUUAGACUUGAGAUAGUUGGAAUAUCCUCAAUGCCUAAGAAGAUGAUCAUAUAUGCUGUAACUGCUCAGUGAUUUCUCAGAGGUCUGAAACCUCAACAGGAUCUGAACGGGGAUCGUGUUCCCUAAGAGGUGUCAGAACUGAGAAUAUACUUUUCACACGGUAGAAACAAACAGUUUGAAUGAUUUAUUUCAGUAAAAUACAAUACAAUAAAUACAUUUAAAUUA